CCCUAAAAUUAGAAGCCGUUUAAUAAAUAAAUAAAAAAGGUUUUAUUAAUUCAUUUUCUUGCUGUGAAAUUAACAAAACUAAAUAAUAUUACAAAUUAAUAAUAAAUUACGAAUUAAUUAUAAUUAAUAUGGAUAAAGAUCCAUAUUCUUUUCUUUUCUCAGGAAUCACUUUCAAUAAGAAAAAAUUCCCCCAUGAUUUUGCCCGCUUCAAGGCUAAAAAGGAAAGUAAUGACUCAGAAAAGACGAUGCUUGAGAACAAAACGCCCGAGGUAGAGGCAGUAGUUGAGCCUGUGAAAAAGAGGAAGAGGAAGUCAGCUGCUUCAGAUUCUGUAGAAGGAUUUAAUGUUUUCAAGAGCUCAAAGAAGAAGAAGAAGAAGGCGGUAGUUGAAGAGAAUGAAGAUGCUGAAACUGUAUCUGAAGGGAAGAAGAAAUUAUAUCGACAAAUGGAGAGGGAUGCGAUUUUUCGUAAGCAGCAUAAUAUUCAUACAUUUGGAAGUAAUAUUCCAUCACCUCUUCAAGAUUUUUCAGAGUUGAGAUCAAGGUAUGGAUGCAAACCAUAUAUAUUACGGAAUUUGGCAGAACUUGGAAUCAAAGAGCCCACACCAAUUCAAAUGCAGGCUAUUCCAAUACUCUUAUCUGGAAGGGAAUGCUUUGCUUGUGCUCCAACUGGCUCUGGAAAAACGUUGGCUUUCGUUUGUCCAAUGCUUAUGAAACUAAAGCGUGCGUCAAAGGAUGGAGUUCGUGCUGUUAUCCUUUGCCCUACACGAGAGCUAGCCUCUCAGACAUACAGAGAAUGUAAGAAAUUGUCAAAAGGAAAGAAAUUUUACAUCAAGAUGAUGACGAAGCAGCUUUCAAAAAGUGGCGAGUUCUCGAAACUGACGUGUGAUGUACUUAUAUCUACACCACUCCGUUUAAAGUUUGCCAUUACCAAAAGGAAGCUUGAUCUAAGCAGGGUUGAGUACCUUGUUUUGGAUGAAUCUGAUAAGCUUUUCGAGCUUGGUUUACUAGGACAAGUUGAUGCAGUUGUCAAAGCAUGCUCAAACCCUUCAAUUAUCCGGUCAUUGUUUAGUGCUACUCUACCUGAUACAGUCGAAGAACUUGCACGUACAAUAAUGCAUGAUGCUGUUCGCGUAAUUAUUGGCAGGAAGAAUUCUGCCUCAGAAUCGAUCAAACAAAAGUUGGUAUUCGUUGGUAGCGAGGAAGGAAAGCUUCUGGCUCUUCGUCAAACCUUCGAAGAGAGUUUGAAUCCACCAGUGCUGGUUUUUGUUCAAAAUAAAGAACGGGCAAAGGAUCUUUACAAUGAAUUGAAAUUUGACGAUAUUAGAGUUGAUGUAAUACAUUCUGAUCUUCUUCAAGUAGAGCGAGAGAGUGCCAUUGAUAACUUCAGAGCUGGUAAAACAUGGGUUUUAAUUGCUACUGAUGUAAUUUCCCGUGGAAUGGAUUUCAAAGGGGUCAAUUGUGUGAUCAACUAUGACUUUCCUGAUUCAUCUUCUGCAUACAUUCACAGGAUUGGUCGGUCUGGAAGAGCAGGUAGGAGCGGUGAGGCAGUUACUUUCUACACAGAAGCCGAUGUUAGAUAUCUGAAAAACAUUGCCAAUGUGAUGAAAGCUUCUGGCUGUGAAGUCCCAGAAUGGAUAUUGUCAUUGCCCAAACUCAAGUGGAGGAAACACAGGCCAAAAAGAGAGUCUGUGUCAACAAAACCACAAGAUGGAAAAGAAUAAGCGUACAAAUUUAACUGAAGUCCAAUCUGUUAUUAUUCGGAAUCUGCUCAACAUAGUUUUGAAACUCCAGUUUCGUGACCUUUGGUUUUGUGAAUUAUGGAAUAUCUGUUGUAAACUUGUAACCUAAUUUUGCCCGUAUUUGGUAUCUAAAUGCAUUCAAUGGUACUUUCUAUUCUUCGAUUCAA